AUGCCAGGGCGACCUUGCGCGGGUUCCGGGAGCGCUAGGUGGCGGCAAUGCUGCAGCGUUCGCCCCGGUCGGAGGCGUGGCAGCCAGGGUAGAGAUGGGCUUGCCUUUCGGCCCUGUGCGUUCAUGGCGAUGGCGGGACGCGCUGCCAACGUCGCUCGUUCGAUCUCCAGUCUAGGGACGAAGUGGCAAGGAAGGAAGGGCGUCCAGCGCUGUCCGUGGUCGAGGCAGGCACACGAUGGCGUCGAAGAAAGCCAGCCGCAACAGCGACUGCAAGUUUGCGGGGCGAGUAAGUACGAUAGGUGCUGCGUGCGCAGCAAGGGACGAUAG